UUUACAAAAUAAUUUUAGCAAAAUCGAGUGAUUACAGAAAUUUUACAAAUUAAUUUUUGUACAGUCCUGUAUCCUCAAAUUUCGAAUUAUAAAAAUGUUACCAGUGGUUUAAUAUUACCUAAAAAAUGGAAUUCCGGUGACACCAGGUCAGGCAGACAGACUUUCUUUGAAUUUUCGCUUUGUGUUUGGACAUCGAACUUGUAUUUAAGACAGCAAUGGAUGAGAAUAAAGAAUGCUUGAAACGCUCGCGCGAUGAGGAGUCCUCGGACGACGUUUCGAAUCUUAAGAAACGAAAAGUUGACAAUGCAGCGUCAUCAUCUUUGAAAAGCGAAACAUCAAACGAAGUAGAUUCAGAGGGUAUAUUUUCGCUAUCCGACGACGUUUUAUUAAUAUUGCUCUCCUAUUUAAACUCCACCGAUUUGUUUCAUCUGAGUCGGUGUGAUCCUCGUUUAUUCGAUAUUUGUGGAGAUAAAUCUUUAUGGGUGAAAGUGAAUGCAAAUUGUGAUGGAAGUUGUCCAUCGCAUAACGAGCAAGCUUUGUUUUUCCAUCCAGCUACAACUCAUUUGCGUUUCGUGAAGACCAUAAGCAAUGAUAAUGUUACGGUGGAUACGUGUUUUAAAGAUGAUUUUUUCCAUACUUUGAGUAAUUAUGCGCCGAAUUUGAAAUCACUGGUGAUUGAGAAUCAUAUUUUAUGUUCCCCUGCGUUUACGUUGGAAAAUUUGCCUGCGACGAUUACUGAAUUGAGAUUACCGAGGGUUGAAUUAUUGCAUUCCGAUCAAGAAAAGAAGAGUAACUUGUUCCAAAAUAUUAACAAGAUGCUUCCUAAUUUAGAAAUCGUCGAUGCAUCGUAUUGUCAAUGGUUCAAUCCACAUGCUCUCCUUGCAUUGGGAAAAUGCGAACAUUUGAAAGAAUUACGAAUCGCAGGAUGUCGUAAUUUGAAAGAUUUUAUCCCUUAUGCUAGCAUAGCUGCAAUAAUUGGAUUCCAACAGUUACAUACUUUGGAUCUACGUUACACAGGUAUCGUCGAUAGAGAAAUAGCCUGUUUCAAUAAAACCAAAUCUUUGAAGCAUAUUUUUCUCGAGAAACCGGACGAUAUAGAAGAUCUCACAUCCGACGAAUCCGUCACCGACGUGUGUACUACAUCGUUUUGUAUGCGAAGCUGCGAAACCAAUCAUUCUCCGAAUAUAGUUUUCAUUACUCGAAUUCCCCAAGACGGCGGUACCUUUACGGAUUACACGUUGGAAACACUCGUUGUCCGUAAUUAUCCUGGUAUCACCGAUAUAACUUUGAAACAUGCUCAAAAAUGUCUCAAGUCGCUGAAAUAUUUGGACGUUACUGGAUGCAGCUGUACUCCUCAGCAAGCGUCUAUAUUCAAGCAAAAUCGUCCCGAAGUGGAACUUAUAUAUGAUGGCGUUGCGUUAGAAUUGUGAGCUUAUAUUUUCAUCUCUUCUUUCCCCUUUUGUAAUUAUUCUUCACUUCAGUAUCUUUUAUUUAUUUUGCAACUUGUAUAUUUCCUUUUUUUAAUGGUUGAUUAUCGUGUGAGUUUAGUCUGUAUUUUAUGCGCCGCUCGCGUGAAAUGAAUAUUUAUACCAUAUUAUUCAUACCUGUACUUGACGCAGUUUUAGUUUGUGAUUGUUGCUAAUUUUUUUUUUUUUUUUAAUUAUUAAUGAUUUUUCAGAGAUGCGUUGUAGAUUCUCUAAUAUUGUUUUUCUUUCAUGUUCCUUAUAACAAUUAUGUAGUACAAUUACUGCCAAUUUUGUCCUCUUCAUCGCUGAAAUAAAUUGUAUAUUUGUUGGUA